GGCCGCGCCGCCAUUGCCCCCGCCCCUUACGGCCGCCUUCCCGCCGCCGCGGCGCGCCGGGAGAAGAUGGCGGCGGCCGCUGGCUGGGCGCUGCUGGGCCUGGCGCUGUGGCUGUGCGCGGCGGCCGCGGCCGGCGAGCCCGAGGGGAAGCGGCGGCCGGGGCCGCCCAAGAAGAAGGACAUUCGGGACUACAACGACGCGGACAUGGCGCGGCUGCUGGAGCAGUGGGAGAAAGAUGAUGACAUUGAAGAGGGGGAUCUUCCUGAACACAAGAGGCCUCCAGCACCAAUAGAUUUCUCAAAAAUUGAUCCAGGCAAACCUGAAAGUAUCCUGAAGUUGACGAAAAAGGGGAAGACUCUGAUGAUGUUCGUCACAGUGUCAGGAGAGCCAACUGAAAAGGAGACAGAAGAAAUUACUAGCUUGUGGCAAGGCAGUCUCUUCAAUGCAAACUAUGAUGUACAAAGGUUUAUUGUUGGCUCAAAUCGUGCCAUAUUUAUGCUACGUGAUGGUGGUUACGCCUGGGAGAUCAAAGACUUUCUAGUAAAUCAAGAAAGGUGUGCAGAUGUUACUCUGGAAGGUCAGGUUUAUCCUGGCAAAGGAGCAAAAGAAAGUGAGAAAGUAAAAAACAAAACAAAACCUGAAAAAGCGAAGAAGAAAAAAGACACAGACAAGAAUUCUAAAGGCAUCAAAGAGGACAACCGAGCAACCAAACAGAGAGAUGAUCUAUGACAGACACCUUAACCAGACUGAAUACUACUGUUGUUCCUGGAAGGGAAAUUAUGUUUCUAUACAAUUCCUGGCUUUACUGGGGUAAAGGAGGAGGCAGAGAUUACUAAGGUUAAAAGACUUUUUUGUGUUCAAAUACACCAGUUUACUUAUUAAUGUUGGUCAUUUGUUUAGCAACAGCACAACUAAUGUUUAGUAUCAGAGACUGAUUACUUUAGUUUGUAAAUUUUUUUAUGGGUUGGUUGGUUAACAUAUGAAUCUGUACAGCUAACAUCAUAAAUUAAGUGGAAAAGAAGGAGUACAAUCUCAGAAUACAUUAGUAUUUGCCUAUAGUAGUAACUGUCCAUCCUGAGUAUGCAGUUAGCCAUUGAUUCAUAGAUGUUGCUAGGUAGCAGGAUACAUUCCUAAAAGAUGUUUCUGGGUACUGGUUUUGCUGAAUUCAGUGGGCAAAACUGCCUAAAAUUGCAAAGAAUAUUGUUACUGUGGCCAAAGAUGCCUGAAAUCAUAAGGCUUAGGAUUUAUCUGGUUAUACUACCUGUUUCUUUAAAAUAAAACAAGAACCCUUUUGUUUGCCCUCCUCUCCCCCCCCCCCCCCAAAAAAAAAGGAAGGUCUACCAAAGUGCCUAGAAGUAUAAUAGAAACUAGGCAGAGAUUCAACUAAUGGACUCUAAAUCAGUACAGAAAUUGGUGCAGAAAGGAAAUUCUCCACCCAUCAGAAGUGAUACUAUUGAGGUUAAUGGAAUUAUAGUACUAGCAUGAACAUUGUCUGAGUGAAAAGAAAUACAGAUUCACGGCCUUCAAACUGCUGCUGCUGUCAAAGAACUGUGCCUGUGGAAGCAAAUAUGUAUGCUGCAUUAUCUAGAGAGAGUUGGAAGAAGUAGCCUUAACUCUGUAAUAAAUUUGUUUUGCUGGUUUAAAAGUUUGCAUAAGUCUUUGAAAAAGCACUGCUUACUGUACAGAGUUAAACUUCGAGUUAGAUGGGUCACUCACUGAUGUUUAAUAACCAGAUCUUUUUUAAUAGAUUCCUGACUGAAAUGUUGGUUGUAAAUGACCAUUGAUUUAAAUACAAGGAAUGAAUUUUGAUGUAUGGAAGCAAAUUAAAUUCCUCCUCAAAAGACUAUAUAAUUAGGAGGGGUUUAGUUUCAUUAUUUAAACUGUAUUCAGUCAAAUGCAUGGCUUAGAAUUGUGUUUCCCCUCAUUUGUUAAAGACUAAAUGUGCUUAGUUUGGAUGCUCCAUAUUCUUUUUCAGAGGAUGAGCACAGUAUUAACCGUUUUCAUUUGAUACUGUUAAGACAAUACGGAUUUUUUUUGUUGUGUGUGGAUUUUUUUUUUUUUUUUAAGGUGCUAAAAUUCACGUGUUUUGGAUGAAGGGUCCUAAUUGAACCGUAAUGGUUGGUCGCGUGGAAUGCUUCAAUAUAAAAAAUGGCAAACUGCUGAGUGCUUGUUCCAAAAUAAAAGAUGUCACUGAACCUAAUGUUUUAUUAUUUUAAAGGCUUUACUUUAAUGAAACGGUAACGCUUUAAAAUUGUGUAUAACCUGUUAAUUUAGUUAAAAGUUUGAGAGACAGGCUAAUCCAUUUUUUGAUUCUGUACUUGUUCAUAAAGACUAAAUGAUGUUGAUGAAGAUUCCAGUGAUGACCAUUAUUUGCUUUGAUAUUUGUAUGAAUUUAUGAUUAAAAAUAUCUUUCCUACUGCA